CAGGAACAGGCUGCUGGAUGUAGGAGGGAAGCGGGUCGUGCGCGCAGAAAAUGCCUCUGAGGGACAAGUGCUGUCAGACUGAGCACCACCACCAUGGAUGCUGCGAGCCAGUGGAUAUGUUGGAACCUGGUGAUCCUCCAUUAUUACAGCAGCCUCUGCAAACAUCAAAAUCUGGCAUUCAACAAAUCAUUGAGUGUUUUCGAUCAGGGACUAAACAACUCAAACAUAUCUUGUUAAAAGAUGUGGACACCAUUUUUGAAUGUAAACUGUGCCGAAGUCUCUUCAGAGGAUUACCAAAUUUAAUUACUCAUAAAAAGUUUUAUUGUCCUCCAAGUCUUCAGAUGGAUGACAACCUGCCAGAUAUAAAUGAUAAACAAAGCCAAGCCAUAAGUGAUCUCCUGGAAGCAAUCUAUCCAAGAGUAGACAAGCAAGAAUAUAUAAUUAAAUUGGAACCUAUAGAGACUAAUCAAAAUGCUGUAUUUCAGUACAUAUCAGUGACUGAUAGUCCAGAUGAGAGCACGGAAAUUAGUAGUACUGAUCAGGCUCCAGUACAAAUACAGGAACCCAGCACUGAGCAGCCCAAGACUGUUUCAACUCCAUCUCCAUCUCCAGUUGGGGAAGCAUCGGAAUUACCUGCUGCCGAUCCCGUCACAAACAAAGUGCUACCUACUUCUGAAGAACAGCCUCCAGCAGCAAAUCCUGAGUUGGACUCCUCAGAUAAUUCUGAUUUUGGCCACCAGUUGAUUUGUUGCCUUUGUAGGAAAGAAUUUCAUUCCAGACGCAGCGUACGCCGGCAUAUUAGAAAAGUACACAAAAAAAAGAUGGAAGAGCUAAAGAAGUACAUAGAAACAAAAAAGAAACAAAAUCAGUGCUCAGUGAGGGGAAGAAAUAAGAAUGUUCUUGUAACAUUAGGUAGAAGUUGCCCAGUAUGUUAUAAAUCAUUUGCUACAAAAGCCAAUGUAAGGAGGCAUUUUGAUGAAGUUCAUAGAGGAUUAAGAAGAGAUUCCAUUACUCCUGAUAUAGCUACAAAGCCGGGGCAACCUUUGUUCUUGGAUACAGUUUCUGCUAAAAAAUCUUUUAAGACCCGCAAACAAAAGUCGUCUUCAAAGGCUGAAUACAAUUUAACUGCAUGCAAAUGCCUUCUGUGCAAGAGAAAAUAUAGUUCACAAAUAAUGCUUAAAAGGCACAUGCAAAUUGUUCACAAGAUAACUCUUUCUGGAAAGAACUCGAAAAGAGAGAAAGGACCCAACAAUACUGCCAAUGGCACAGAAAUAAAAGUAAAAGUUGAACCAGCAGACUGUGUAGAACCUUCACCCCCUUCCAUUGCCCUUUCUCCACAGAAUGAAUUAAAGGGAACAAAUCAUUCAAAUGAGAAAAAGAGCACUCCGUCAGCACAGAAAAAUAAAGUUAAACAGGACCCUGAAAACCCUAAAUCGAGCUCUAAAUCAACCACUAAAUCAAACUCUAAAUCAAUCGCUAAAUCAACCUCUAAAUCAACCAAUGCAUCUGCUGCAGGUGGCCAGCAAAAAACCAGGAAGCCGAAACUUUCAGCUGGCUUUGACUUCAAGCAGCUUUACUGUAAACUCUGUAAACGCCAAUUUACUUCUAAGCAGAACUUGACAAAACACAUUGAACUGCACACAGACGGAAAUAACAUUUAUGUUAAGUACUACAGGUGUCCGCUCUGCUCUUACGAAACGCGUCGCAAGCGUGAUGUGAUAAGGCAUAUAACUGUAGUCCAUAAAAAGUCACCACGCUACCUUGGGAAAAUAACUGCAAGCUUAGAAAUUAGAGCAAUAAAAAAGCCAAUUGAUCUUGUUCUAAAUAAGGUGACAAAAAGAGGCCCUCAGAGGGAUGAAACAAAACAGAUUGGUUCAAAACAGGAUGUCACCUCUAAUUCACCCAAUAAAAAGUAUGAAGGAGCUGAUGUUGGCAUUGAAGUAAAAGUAACAAAAAACUUUUCUCUUCACCGAUGCAAUAAAUGUGGGAAAGCGUUUGCCAGAAAGACUUUUCUAGAACAUCAUAAGAAAACCCACAAGGCAAAUGUUUCUCACUCACCCGAAGAAAAUAAAACCAAAGGCAGAAGUACAAGAUCUAAAGCCGUUGUCUGAUAGGUUCAAGUGAUGUUCGGAAAGUUUGGAGUUCAUUUGGGUCAAAAGACUUUAAUUUGGUGUUGGAACCACUAAUGUCUUGAUAAUGGUACUAGAAGGAGGAAAUAUUUUCAUAAACUGUUAUUUUCUUCCUAAAUUAAUAUCCAUUCUGACUACUUGUUGUAGGACA